AUCGGCGUCAUGUGGUUUAUAAGCACUACGUAAUGUUGCCUCAGCUGGAUACUUGUGUUACGUCCAGGUUCUUCAGACUGACGUGUUAGAUUUAAAUGUCGGAUGACAACUUCUACUCAAUUCUUCUGCUCAGGAAUGUCCUGGGACAUCCAAAUGUGGGCCAAAGUGUCAUCCACUCACGCUUUGUGUCAGGAGCUGCACGUUACCUGAGAGUGCAUCUGGUUCGGUUUGAAUGAGGAAAUCUCACCACAAAGACUCAAGAGAGGAGAACUGUUUCCCUAGUGAUGCAUGGAGGUUCUUCUGCAUUGCCGGUUGAGCAGCAGCCUUACAGGCACAUUCACCCCCAGGCUGUGGGUGUGUCUUUGAGUGACCUGCAAGGUCAGGUUCCUAAAUCAAAGCUCCAACAGCCAACUGAGAACCAUGUCUGAACCUGCUCCUCUGCUACACGGAGAUACAACUCAGCUGGACUUGGAACAGAAAGGACACUGUGGAUGCAGACAGAGUUCAGACAUGGCUCCUGGAGCAGACCGGGACGUGGAUCAAAGUGGCGACCAUCUGCCAGAAUCUAUGAAUGCAUCAGAGGGCUUUUCAUCUGAAAACCUAAGAGUAGUGAAGCACAAGCCAAGUGCUAUUUUUUUCUGUGAUCAUGAUUGUAACACAGACAACAAUGUGAACUCUGAUGAGUCCUCUUCAUCCACUGCGGAGGAAGAAGGAGAGGAUGAUGACAAGGAUGAUAUUCCAGAGAUUUCACAAUAUAAGGAAUUCCUGGUCAGUCGCCACCGUAGAAACUUGAGCAGGAAGUGCUUGAGAAAGAGACAGGAUGCCGGGCCUGAUAUCAGUGCAUCUGGCUUGCCCCCAAACAAGGAAGAACCUGAGAUCGCAGGUAACCUGGUGGAAGCGGAAAAACCUCAGAACAAUGAGAAACAGGCUGCUGCAUCCAUGACCCUGCUUUUGGAAAAGUUGGAUCACCUCGAUGAGGGGACCCAGGAAGUCCAAAACUCCCACUCAGACGUGGCCAAUGACGAGGAUCAGCAGAGCACCACGGGUGCUCCGGCGGUGUGUAUGACGGUGGGCCGAUCACUAAGUCUGGAUCAGGAAACGUCCAGAGCUGCAGACAAGCAUGAGCCACUGACCAGGCGGCACUCACGACCUUUGACCCGCAGCAGACCACUUACUCGUUCCUCCCUCUCCUCCCCUGCACACCUCCAUGCUCGACGGGCCAGGGCUGCUUCAAGGAUGACCAAUGGAUGUGCAGAGAUUGAGGCUAAGGAGGCUUGUGAUUGGUUAAGAGCAGCAGGGUUUCCACAGUAUGCCCAGCUCUAUGAAGAUUCCCAGUUUCCAAUUGACAUUUCCUCAGUAAAAAGGGACCAUGACUUCUUGGACCGUGACCUGGUGGAGCCUCUAUGUCGACGGUUAAACACUCUGAACAAGUGUGCCUCCAUGAAACUGGACGUCAGCCACCCCAAGAAGAAAGGUGAUGACUCUGAUGAAGAUGACCCGUUGGCUAUCAGUAAAAGGUGGACGUUUGAGUGGAGCAGCCGACGUUGGUCUCGCCUGCAUGACUUCCUGUUGGACAGCACUAAUGAGAGCAGCCCGACAGGACAAGGGGAGGGUCUGCUGCACAGCACAGUGAGCAGUGAGAGUGUACUGACAGACCUCAGCGAGCAGGAGAUCACAGAAAUCUCCUCCCUACACAGUGAGGACUCCGCCUCCGCCUUGCCUGACUCUUUAUCGAUGGCAUCUCUCUCCGCUUCCUACCAACCACCAAGCAAUCUUUCACACUACAACUCCCUGCCAAUCAAGAGCAGCCGGCAUGGUCAAGGAGGGCGGAGCAAAGCCAAGGAGUUUUUGCGUAGAAUGGAAUUAAUGCGCACUUGGGGACCGUCAACGAAGCGGAAAAGCUCAAAUCGCAGGACUCCACUGGAGAUCAGUGGACCAGUGUUACAGGGCGAGGAGCCUCAUGCUCUGCAGAUGCUCCAGUGUACUCCCAUCAACCAACUGGAACACAGCCCACAACACAACCAACAAACUGAUGGUGACAUUUCCCCUGUCUACUUUACCAAUGAUUGUAAAGACCAAUCCACAGUAAGUGUGAGCCCCAGCACUGAGACAAUGGAGCCUGUUGUAAAGGACCCUGCGCUUAGAAAACACCACACUGGGAGCAAGAGAAGCAGCAUGUAUCUGGAGGAUAUGGAUCUUCCUUCUCAAGGUAAGAGGACUGAAGGGCAGAGCCAGUUUGGCAGAAACCAGUUUCGCUCUUAUGAAAACCUCCUCGUUCACAUCCCCAAAGACCAUAAACCAGGCACCUUUCCAAAAGCUCUAUCCAUAGAGAGCCUGGCACCUUCCCCUGAUGCUGGGAAGAAUGGCCCCCAGACACAUGCCCAAUCUUCUCCACCCAGCCAAGGCCUGGGUGGACCCUGGUCUGGUAAACCCCUGUCCAAGCCCCCCUGUCCUGGAGCUCCUCGGGGCAGCAGGGUGAGUGUUUAUGACAACGUCCCGGGCUCACACCUUUACGCCAGCACAGGAGACCUGCUGGACUUAGAGAAAGAGGACAAUCUGUUCCCUCACCUCGAUGACAUCAUCCAGCAUGUCAGCGGUUUGCAGCAAAUAGUGGACCACUGGAGCCGCAGUGUGCUGCCUGAGGAUGAGACAGGGGAGGGGGAGGGGGAGGAGGAAGGGGAAGGCAGGACCACACCGAGCGAGGGCGAAAGAGAUGGGGUGUCCUUGAACGACACUGAUUCAACAGGAACCAGCCGGGAGAGGCGGGACUCUGGAGUCGGGGCCUCCCUGACAAGACCACGACUACGAUGGCCGAGUUUCAGAACCUCUGAUCAUCUCAGCCAGCCAGCGUCUUCUCUGCAGAUCAGCAGCCAAUCAGCAGGCCAGCUCAGCCUGCUGCAGAAGUUCUCUUUGCUCCGCCUCACCGCCAUCAUGGAGAAAUACUCAAUGUCAAAUAAACAUGGCUGGACAUGGUCUGUGCCCAAGUUUAUGAAGCGCAUGAAGGUACCAGACUACAAAGAGAAGAGUGUGUUCGGUGUUCCCCUCAUCAUCCAUGUCCAGCGCUGUGGGUUUCCGCUCCCUCUGUGUUUACAGCAAGCCCUCUGCCACCUCCGAACACACUGUCUGGACCAGGUGGGACUGUUUCGCAAAUCUGGAGUGAAGUCUCGCAUUCAGGCUCUGAGGCAGCAGUGUGAGCUGUCCCCUGACUCUGUGAACUACGAGGACCAGUCGGCUUACGACGUGGCCGACAUGGUCAAACAAUUCUUCAGAGACUUGCCAGAGCCUCUGCUAACAAGCAAGCUGGGGGAAACCUUCCUGCAUAUUUACCAGUAUGUCCCAAAGGAGCAGAGGUUGCAGGCGGUCAGAGCAGCCAUUUUGCUAAUGCCGGAUGAAAGCAGGGAGGUUCUGCAGACGUUGCUUUACUUCCUGCGUGAUGUCACUUCCUUGGUGGAGGAGAACCAGAUGACGCCGAUGAACCUGGCUGUUUGUCUGGGUCCUUCACUCUUCCACCUGAGCAUACUGAAGAACGAGAUGCUGUCACCAAGGUCAAUCCAGAGGAAGUACACCACGGGCCGUCCUGAUCAGAAAGACCUGAAUGAGAAUCUGGCAGCCACCCAGGGCCUGGCACACAUGAUCACUGAGUGCCAGCAUCUCUUUCAGAUCCCGGAGGAGAUGGUGACCCAGUCUCGCAAUUCCUACAUGGAGGCUGAGCUGAUGGUGCCCCCACUGGACGAACUGUGCAAGGCUAACGAGGAAGAAGUGGAUGAGGACGAGGAAGAGGAGGAGGAAGAGGGAUCCUAUUAUGCACAUAUAGAAAAGCUGGUCCAGAACCUUCUCGAAGAGGCCAAAGAUAAGAGCAAAGGCUGGGUGUCUCGCUCCACUAGUGACAAUACAGAACUGGCAUUUAAAAAGGUGGGAGAUGGUAAUCCUCUGAGGAGGUGGCGAGUGUGUGUUGAGGUGUCUGCAACUCCCAAUGAGGUGCUGCACCGGCUGCUGAGAGAGCGCCCCCUGUGGCAGACUGAGCUACAGCAGGAGAAGGUUCUGGAGACGCUGGAUAAACAGACAGACGUGUACCAGUACUCCUCCCACAACAUGGCCCCUGUACCCAGUUGUGACUAUGUGGUACUAAGAUCAUGGCGUACAGACCUGUGUAAAGGCUCCUGUGCGCUUGUGUGUUUAUCUGUCGAACACGAUGACAGCCCACGCAUGGGAGCAGUAAGGGGGGUGAUGCUAGAGUCACAAUACCUCCUUGAGCCCUGUGGGACUGGGAGGACUAGGAUCACACAUAUCUCCAGAGUGGACCUCAGGGGAAGAUCUCCAGAAUGGUACAACAAAGCAUUUGGUAACCUGUGUGUAAAUGAGGUCCAGAGGAUCCGCUCCUCUUUUCACCCGCCUGAUCCGAUGAGCCCAGAACUCAAGAUCUGAACCCCAGAAAUCAAGCUCUAUCUUGGGUCACACUGCCAGAGCAGCAGGACCAGUGACCGAGGAGGGGAAUCAUCCAGGCUGAGGACCUGAGUGUCUUUUCACGCUGCUGAGCCACACUGAACUUUACUGUACCAUAGUGUAUUGAGAUACAGUCAUUCACACACACAGAAAAGAGAAUAUUUCUGACAUGUAUUCCAGUAAUUAUACAGAACAACAUAUUACUACUUAUUUAUAUAAUAAAUAAUGAUUUUUGGUGCCAUUUUUGCCCGAAGGAGAAAACUCUGGUGUCUAAUUCAAAAUAUGAAACAGUUCAUUCGAUUUUCUUUGAAUAGCCAUUGAAGUUUCAUAUAAUUGGAUCUUAAACAUUUGCAUUAUCAGGGAAAUGAGAAUGUGCACAUAGUUAGUAUUUGUAAUAUUUAUUGUUCUGGGUUGUUCUUCCAAAAAAAUGACCAUGAGAUUCUCAAACACAUUCAUUUUGUAACGCUAUCACAGAUCUUAUUGUGUUCUAUAGUUAAAUGGCAUAAACGUUAUUCAUACUUGAAGUGGAAUACCCAUAUUUGUAUUGAGAAGUCUUUCUUUACUUCACCUCUUUAAAAGGCAACUCAGCCUGCCAGUGUAACUUACAUUUAAUUACUAAUUUGAUUGAAUCUAUUCAUACAAUUUUUAAGUCUCACGUGUAAUAUUGAAUAGACCAACAAAAAGGAUGUCAACAUUACCCCUUAUCUGUUUUUAUUCAUCAAAAAUGACAUUAAACAAAAAGAUGUAUGACUUACAAAUGCAGAUUUACAACUUGCACUUGACUCGAAUCCUAGCGCUCUGAAGAAAAUCCCUGUCAGUCGGAAUGAGCAGGACUAGUACAGUAAGGUUGCAUGUCAGCAUUUUGUUGUGAAAAUGCAAUUGUUCAGGAAACACAGUCACAUGAGGGAUCUGGAUCUCAGAACGGGCAAACAUCCACCAGGUCCAUCAUUGUGCAGUUAUGGAUCCCUAGUUAAGAUGUCACUGUUAUUUUAGUUCUGUCACUAUUCUCAGUGUUAAUAUUAUCUACAUGUUAUUUUAAAUUUAAAUAUUGUCAUUAUAUCAAUGUAUAUUGUAUUACUUUUUUCAUUUGCUGUCAUGUUAUACAAUGUCUAAGACAUUUGACCAUUUCACUGCUUCUGGGAAGCAUGUUUGAAAUUGUGUGUGAGUGUGUGUUUGCAUAGAUGUGCCCGUGUAUCUGCAUUUUUGAUAUAUAUACGAUACAGCCUGUAUUGUAAAUAAAUUUGAUGCUUUCUGUGCCAGCAGAUAAAACACCAUAGCUUUUCAGGGUCUUCCUAUCAUAUUGAUAUGCUGAAAUGUGAAUUUUCCAUACCAUCCUACUGAGCAUUAGUAGACUGAAGCUUGCUUCUUUGUUUUCAACUGUAGGCGUUGCUAUGGUGUUGCUAUGAUACAAUAUCUGUACAGUGCCACCGAAAUCCUGCGUGGAUGCUGUUCGCUGGGGAACAGUUUGGCGUGUGUGUAUGUGUUUGUGUAAAUAUGUGUGUAUGAGAGAGUGUAAAUGAGUGAUUGACUUCGACGUGAGCACUCGGCUGUAUGGGAAGAGGCUCCAAUCUUAGCUGAGUAGCUGAGACCAGGGUGAUUUAUGCUUGGUUAUUUGUAACAAAGUGACAGAAAAACACAACAAUUAUUUUCUGAAGAAAGAGAAUAAAAAAAUGUAAAAAUUAAA